ACUCAUCGAUAUUUUGAAAUUAUUUCAAGCUUUUUAAUGAAAUAUCCUUAUCACAUCGACUUAUCUUUCGGGUCGGGUUGUUGCAACAACCGGAACAUACAAUACCAAAUUACAUGGUCCAAUUCCAAAAUCCCAAUAACACCAAGCAAAUUGGGUGCAAUUCCAUUCGGUUUUACAAUUCUGGAUAAUUAUCGUAUCAGGAUUCGACCUCUUCUAUCGCUUGAUAACAUCUGCAAAGGGAAAGAUCAAAGUUUGUUCUCCAUGGAAGGAUUAGGGGCUGAUUCCACCUCCCCAAUGGCACCAGUAGCAAAAUGGAAAAGUGAAUUCUCAAGAGUGUUCCAGUUUUAUCUUGACAAAUCGACACCUCUUCCUGUUCAUAGGUGGCUAGGGACACUCGGUGUUGCAUCCAUUUACGUGUUGAGAGUCUAUUACCUCGAAGGGUUUUACAUCAUCUCUUAUGGACUUGGAAUUUACAUCUUAAACCUGUUAAUCGGAUUCCUAUCACCAAAAGUUGAUCCAGAACUUGAAGUUUUAGAUGGAGCCUCACUUCCCACAAAAGAAUCCGAUGAAUUUAGGCCUUUCAUUCGUCGUCUUCCAGAGUUCAAGUUUUGGUAUGCAAUCACAAAGGCUUUCAUGGUAGCUUUCUUGAUGACAUUCUUUUCUCUAUUUGAUGUUCCUGUUUUCUGGCCAAUUCUGCUUUGCUAUUGGAUCGUUUUAUUCGCACUCACAAUGAAACGCCAAAUCAUGCACAUGAUUAAAUACAAAUAUGUCCCAUUUACCACUGGGAAACAGAAAUACGGUGGAAGGAAGUCACCUGGAGGUAGUGCUGGUGGUUCACCCAUUCACCGAGCUCUCACUAUCAUCACUCCUAUUCUUGUUCGUUUGUCUGCUUCUGCAAAACCCUUGAAUUAUAACGGGGAAAUAAAGAAUAAUGGUAGCCAGAGCCGUAAAGUUAUCAGUUUAUUGUCCCGAAAAGCACUUGGAUCUAUCACACAUUCUCAGUCUGUAUCAAUAUCAAUACCCACACCCGCACCAGCACCCAUAUCAAUAUCAGUAUCAGUGCCAACACCUACACCAACAAGGAAGGUGAUGCCCAUACUUGAACAUGAAACAUCACUUGUGAAUUCUCACAUCCUUGCUGCUAAAACAAGCAUACAGGAUCUAGCAACUUUCUUCCACGCCAAAAAGCAAAGUAUCAUAAUGUGAAACCAUAUGAAAUACUCAUGAUCAACCCAUUGGUUUGUGUUGUAUAGUUGUAAAACGAAUCAAGUAGAUAAAUACUUAUUCAUGGAAAAACGGUAGAUAACAAGAAAGAGGGGUUCUUAGGACCCUUAAAGAAGAUAUAUAUUUACAUAACUUGUGACAAGUGUUAUGACCAAAACAAUAGGAAUGAUGUAAGUCCUAGUGAUGGUAUAUUUAAAGCUCAUGAUUGUUGCUUCAAGAUGAAGUAAUUUUAUUGAACAAUAAUGAAUCUUUUUAACUUUGUGUCUAUAUAUUAAGG